AUGAGAAGGAAGAUGAAUCUGAACAUGAAGAAUAAAGAAAUAUCUGAUAAGAACCUGACUGUGGUCACAGAGUUUUUUCUUCUAGGAUUUCAAGGCAGUCAACAUUUAAGAAAUGUCCUGUUCCUUCUGUUCCUUGUGGUUUACUGUGGGACAAUAUGUGGGAAUCUCCUGAUCAUCACCCUGGUGUCCACCAGCAAGAACCUCCACACCCCAAUGUACUUCUUCAUCUGUCAUCUGUCCAUAAAUGACAUCUUAUUAACCACAAACAUUGUCCCCAACAUGUUCCACAUCCUUCUGAAUAAUGGGGGGACCAUGACUUUUAUUGGUUGUAUGACUCAGCUUUAUUUCUUCUCCACCUCAGAAAUAUUUGAGUGUCUUCUCCUCGCUGUGAUGUCUUAUGACAGAUAUGUGGCCAUCUGUAAUCCUCUCCGCUAUUCCUCUAUCAUGACAAUUGAAUACUGUGUAAAGUUGGUUAUCAUGAGUUGGAUAUUGUGUUUUAGUGUUUCAAUAAUUUUUACUAUAACACCAUCAAUGCUGAACUUCUGUGGAAAAAAUAUUAUUGAUCAUUUUGUCUGUGAUACUGUUCCUUUAUUGGAAAUUGCCUGUUCUGAUACCUUUAUUGUCCACCUUCAGAUAUAUUUAUUAAGCAUUCCUAUAAUUAUUGUUCCUACUGUAAUAAUUAUAGUAUCUUAUGUAAAUAUUAUAGUUAACAUCCUAAGGAUUUCAUCCAGGACUGGUAGACAGAAAGCCUUCUCCACCUGUAGCUCCCACCUCAUUGUGGUCUCCAUAUUCUAUGGGACUUUGUUCAGUGUUUAUGUUUUUCCACCAAAAGGACAAUCCUCUACUGCCAGUAAAAUCCUAACAUUACUUUACACUGUGUUUACUCCUUUGGUCAACCCCAUGAUAUACAGCUUGAGAAAUAAAGACAUUCACAAAGCCGUAAGGGAUACACAUAUAGCCAGAAACAAGUAA